AUGUUACAACCACAACACGUCAUAGAAAUUAGUGACGACGAUGGUGACGACGCGCCUGAGAUCGAAGAAAGUGAAUGGAAGAAGAAGCUGUUCGCAUCCUUGAAUGCCAUUCAGGCAGAACCUAAACUUGUAUCCUUCAAAAACUACCAGGCGUUCGUCAACCCAGGUCUCAAGAUUGGGGGGCAGCAAAUAAUACCGCUACCUCUAACAGAUCACUAUGCCGAUAUCAUCAAAGAGCUGAGCCACUCGGUUCAGGGUACUGACAACAAGGUCCAGAACGUCUGGGAGCUUGACCGUGCGCAAUUCGACUUGAUCAAUCCGGCCUGGCGGUCAUGUCUGGACAGGAUAGCACAAGAAAUCACCAAGGAACUGGACAUAGAAAACGCCUUGCUGAGUCCAAAAAGGUUGACACUUCAAGGGCCGGGCCCCGUGGCCGAGCAAGACCUAAGACUUGAGCAAUCAGAUCACAUUGUUGGCCACAUUUCCAUUUGUCUGCCGUCUGAGCAUCAGGGUGGAGAUAUUGGUGUAUCUCUUGGUGGAAGAAGGAAAACUGUAUCAACUGCAGCUUCAUUGGCUCUCGACCUGUCCGUCAUUGGCUGGAUUUCUCCUGCACACAGCCUGGCCACCGAACUGGUCUCCGGGUAUCGGCUCACUAUCUCGUACAUAGUCCAUCGGUUCAACAAUGGGCAAAGUACUGUCCCUUCAUCGUACGUGGGAAGCGGCCGCGUGGAAGAAGUUCUUCAGAUGUGGCAGCGCCGACAUUUUGGUACCAAAAAGAUACUGUAUAAAUUGGACGACAAGGAAGACACGGGGGUAUUAUCUCUCCGAGAAGCAAGGGACCGAGACAAGGCAGUAUGUGAAGCCUUGUCCAUGGCUUGUUCAGAAGCUGGGCUUUACAUGCUGUUCGCUGAAAUCACGCAUGAGGUGACCGAUGAUCUCACUUGCAAAACCGUGGAAAGUUCAAUUAACGGACUCUUCACGCCUGAAUGCCAAUACUUGGCAGAAAACAAAGAGCUUGAUGCAGAAAAUGAGGUCUUGGGCUUUGAUGUGGAUCGGCAAUGGGACCUUGAAUCUGCCAGCGAUGAUGAUGAGGGCAUGAGUAAUGAAUAUCUCAUGGAAGAGCACGAGAUGACUCGCCGUUGGCACGACCAUGCAGUUCUGCUGAUACCGAAAGAAGGCUUGCUGGACCUGGUGAGACCAGAUGGCAGUCAAAACACAUCUCGGCGGCCAGGACAACCUACUCGAGUUCAAGAGGCCCAUCAUCCAGGCGUGGCACCUGUUGUGGCGAUGGUCGUCGAUGACUUGGAGAAGAAUCCUGCCGGUGCAAUCAAGGUGGCAGAAAACAUAAUCGACAAGCUUUGCGACUCUGGGAACGACACGCAAGUGCUAUGCACAUGCAUCAACCCCAUUGUGAACUGGUGCUUGAGGUCUGGUUAUAUGCCACUAUACACAACAGCUUUCCGGAAAACACCCAUAACUGUUGUGCAUGUACUUGCAGAGUAUCUUGCGAGCAAGUAUGAAGGCACAGAAGAUUCUAUUAAUUGGAAGGAAUGGCUUCAUGAAAUCACAAAGAAGCCCAUUAAGCAACUUGGAAUAUUGUAUCGCGACUUUUCACGGACUAUCCUGGCUGUCAGUCCACCUGUAUGGAAAUCCUUUGAUGAAUGGUCGGAGACAAUAAUGGACGAGAAGCUCAACACAGAGCUCAAUUGGGAGUAUAAGGAUCUGGAAAUGAUUCUCGACUUGAUGCGGCUCCGUUGCGACAGUACUCAAUGGAUUGUCAACAGGCUUAAGCCUGCGGAAGAAGCUUGGUUGGUCGAGACUCCAAGACACGAUCUGAUCUGCGGGCCUUUUGUUCGGCUCAUCACUGAGUGCCAUGCUAUAGGAGCAUUUGUAGAAGCUUCUAAGGUAAUUGAAGACACGUUCUCUCUGUUUUUAGCAGAGAAAGCGAGAUGGAUUCUUGUCAAAGAUCCAUUCGGCGUCAUCUACUGCUUGAUCACCCCCCUCAUUCGUUUAGCCGCAGACGGCCUAUCGAGGAAAAUACCAGCUUUGUCGGAUACUCUUGAGCUUCUUGUGCGCAAAAUCAUCCGCCUUGACUUGCCCAGGCAAUCUCAGCCUGGCAGCGGAUUGGUUUUCCGGGAGCGAGGUUGUGGGUUCUGUGAGGAUUGUGCUGAACUGGAUCGAUUCCUGACUUCGCCUCAUGAGACUGUCUGGGAUUUCAACGCACCAAAAACUCGAAGGUUACAUAUCGAGCACGCUAUUGGGAUAGAGGCCCAGGCUGAACCUGACUUACGGAGCUGGGCUUUCAACUACAAUGGCUUAAAGAGAGUUCUUCAACCUCUCCGAGGUGACUUCAUGAGGAAGGCACUUGGUGAGCAACGAUACCAUGAGAUCAUCUUGCUGGCGGGAUUUCUUGACAAGAUAAACCGACUCUUUGCGCCUCCAAAAUAUUACCACAAAGUCAACAAAGAGCCCAGGCCUGCUCGAGCUGGCGAGUUGGACCACACUAUGUCCGACUCUUCCGGUGAGGGAUCUGAAAGUUACUCAGUUGACGAAUAUGCCGAGAGUAAACAAGCGUUGUCAUGUACGCUCGACUCAAUCCGAUCUACUGGUGAAAUUGGUACCUUCUAUAUUCAUAGUGAAUGCGCCAAUCCGGGUCUUGUAAUCGGAGGGGAUCGUCCUAUCCGCCUACCACUAGACGAGGAUGAUGCACGGGCAAUAAUGAGCAUUUGCCAACGGGUGCCAUCUGAACACCGCAACAGGAUACUUGUCGACACUACGGUACGCAAUACAUGGGAGCUCGAUGCCUCGGAAUUCAAUCUCGUUAACAAGAACUGGUUCGAAGACUUCAGCUCAAGGAUACUGCGUGAUACGGCCAAAGGACUCGGUAUGUUCGAACUACGAGCCGAUCCUCGCAGGCUUUUCCUCUACGAACCCGGGUCGUUCUUCCAAACCCAUGGUGAUUCAGAAAAGGAACAAUACAUAAUCGGAACUCUUGCCAUCCCCAAUGAUGGUGUCUCAGGCCUCAUCUCGGAAUGUGCUUUGGAGUUCGAGAACAUGCAAUUUUUUCUGAAAUGCUUCAGCACUUUGAUGGCAAAGAACAAGCGAUCGAUUGGAAUCAUUGUGAAGGAAGUCAGAUCUUAUCUGUCUAAGACCUCGUGGCAUCAAGGCUCCCAGCUCAUCGGGGAGCUGAAUGGAGCCUAUCUCAAUUCUGCGGGGCAUGAAGCUUUGCGUAUAGUGGAGCAGAGCUGCAAAACACUCAAUGGCAACAAAGAGUCUUGGCUCCCAAGGGAUAAGUAUGGUAUGUUUGACAAGUCUCUUGAAGCUCUCCUCAAGAUUCUGGAGGCAAACAAGGCGCCUCCAAUUCCAGCAGUGCAGGGUUUCCUGGAAACCGCGCUGCGAGAGGUAAUGGAGGCUGAUUCAAAGGCCCAGCUGAUGAUCACAAAGCUAGGCACCAAUUUCGACAAGGAAUUGCGUUACUGGCAACAAGCCUUUGGAGAAGUGGAGAGCAAGCUCUCUGGGUUGAGAGGUAACUACUUGAAAGGUCUUUUGGGUGAUGAGAAGUAUAAAGAGCUUGUCCUAUUGGAAAAGUCUGGACAGGAAGACUUGCGUAAAAUUCUAGCAAGCAAGAGACCGCUAGUGGAGGACAGCGAUGCACCGCUAGGUGUCUACACGAAGCGCCCGCGUGCAGAUUAA